CCUUGAAAUAUGGUCGCAAUACAUAUAUGAAUAGCGACUGCUUUGUUUCAUUGUCGCAAAAUCAUAAAAAAUGCUUCAUUUUUGCGACUACGUAAAAAUACCUUCCCUAUUCCUCUUACUUCUGGUCCCUAAAACAUAUACUUUUAGCGCCACACCCCAAAAAAUUUAAGCGCCCAAAAAACAUUUCGUUUCCUGAUUAGAACUUAGAAACCCUACAUCCCUCACACACGUCGCCAAGGAACUUGCGGAUCUUAGGCAACGCGGCUUGUUGCCGGCGCGGCAGCCAGUCGAAGGGAGGGCAGCGAUGAACUGAUUAAAUUGGCAAAUGGAAGGAGAGAGGGCAGACACGUGAAGAAAUCCACUCUCCAUUUUGUCCCCUUCAAUUCAGAUUCGGGACAUCUGUAACUUACUUCCACAGAGACGGCGAGACCACAUCAAGCGGCGGCAUGAUACCUUCCGACAGACUGUCUCCCAACCGAUGGCGAGUUGUUUGGGUCGACAAGGGCGAUGCGGCUCCAUGUAAAUGACGGACGACUUUAGCAAAGACUGUUUCUGCUCGUGAGCCACUCAGGACAGUCUUCCGCGAUGGAGGCUCUUUGGUGAUGGCGCUCUCAGGCUCGAGGGACGGUGUGGGGCGGUUUUCUGGGGAUCUAGAGGAGCAGGGGCGUCGAGACUUGGCAAAGCAAGAGCAGGUAUGUAUGAAUCAGUGAUUUGCUUUUGUAUAUUUUAGGGAUUAAUUUUUGAUUUUUAUUAUAUAUAUUGCUGUUUACUGAACUGUUUGGACAAAGAGAGUUGCACUUUGUUUCAAUGCUAAAGUGUUAAAGAGUUGUUUAAGUAAUGUUUUUCUAACUUUCAAAUGCUCUGCAGAUGAGGAAAGAAUGGCCACUGAAAGAGAAGUUAAAAAAAUGUUUAUAGAUCGAAUGAUCAUUGAUUUUGCUGGCUAGCUGAUGUGCGUCUUGUUUGACGCUCCUCUCUGUUAUAUCUCCAUAACAAAGCUGCACAUGCUUGAAUUGGAGUUGUGGUGGAAGAAUCCACAAAAUGUGGAGCUACACCAGUUCAUAAGUAAAAACAAUGUCCCCCAUCACACGAUAAGCAUUUUAUUUUGUCUCGUUCCAUUCAUCAUGUACUUAGUAUGCUGCCCUCCACCCAAAAAACAUGGAAAACAUCUUUGUGAUGUUACAUUGUUAAUUAUCCAACCACCACCCUUGCUUCAGUUUUUUCCUUCAUAUCUAAUUGGUACACAGGGAAAACUGGGCCCUUUCUCACUUGAUAUAUGCAACUCAUUUCUUUUUAUUUGGAGCAAGUUCCUUCUUGACUUGAUUGAGUUUUCUUAAACAGUUUGGCUUGCUAUAGUUUUUCUUUUUUUAUCUGUUCUUAUUUCACUUUCGUUUUACAUGGUGAUGCCUUUUGUAGGAAAAUUUUCAAAGAGCAAAGGUGUUGGUGUUUUUGCUGAUGAUGCAAUUGAAAUUAAUAUACCUGCAUAAAUUUGGCGACCCAAUCUCACUUCUGUUAGACCUGAGGAAGAGGAGUUGUUCGAUGAGAUCCAUCUCUGCCACAUGUUGGUGUAAUUGAGAAGUGUUAUGGUCACAACAACAUAAUCAUAUGGCUGAUUUUGGAGGUGAAUUGAGCAGACGGUACUUAAAGAGUCCAUCUUCUAUAAAGAAUGAUCAUCAAGCCAAGUUGAAAGCUGGUGAUUUUGACAACUAGUGUGAAUGCAUUAGAAGAUUAAAGAUGUUACAAAGCCAUGAAGUGUCCGAAUUUUAAAUGGGCUGCUACAUCUAUAUUAUUUAGAUAGUUUGUUUGGUUUGUGUAAAACAUUUCUUAAUAACUUGGAAACUGGCACAAUGUGAUUGAUUGAAAAUUUAUAGUGAAUGAGUAUUUUGGAAGAGUAUUUGUAAAUUAUGGUUGUAUAUUUUCGGAUCACCCGUUAUGUAAGAUGCAUUAUAAAAUCAAUUUCUAUA